UUAUAUCUCAAGCUGCUUCUGCAUCCUGAGCUCAUCGCCAUUGCACUCAAUUCUCUUCAAUCGUCCUUUUCCCUCUCAUAGUCACCCUUCUUGGUUCUUCAUUGUUCAUCUACUUCCCGUGUUUGGCCUUGUUUCAAUAGAGCAAUCAUGAUUGCCUCGAGGUUAUCCCGAGCUCUUCCGCGCUCAUCUCCCAUCUCUCGCAUCUCUCAGAUUCGCGCACCUCGAUCCUCAAUAAUCUCUCGAUAUGCCUCAACCGAUGCUCCCGAGGGGACUGAGAAGGUCAAGGGCCAGGUCAUUGGUAUUGACCUGGGUACCACAAACUCAGCUGUCGCUAUAAUGGAAGGCAAGCAGCCACGCAUAAUAGAAAACGCCGAAGGUACAAGGACAACACCGUCGGUCGUCGCCUUUACGGAGAGUGGCGAACGUCUGGUUGGUAUUGCGGCCAAGCGACAAGCUGUUGUCAACCCCGAGAACACCCUUUUCGCCACGAAACGUCUGAUCGGAAGAAAAUUCUCAGACCCCGAAUGCCAACGAGACAUCAAGGAAGUGCCCUACAAGAUCGUACAACAUACCAAUGGCGAUGCCUGGCUUGAGGCUCGCGGCCAAAGAUACUCUCCCUCUCAAAUCGGUGGUAUGGUUUUGCAAAAGAUGAAGGAAACUGCUGAAGCAUACCUGGGAAAGCCUGUCAAAAACGGCGUCGUUACUGUUCCGGCCUACUUCAACGACAUGCAAAGACAGGCAACUAAGGAUGCUGGUCAAAUCGCUGGUCUUAACGUCCUGCGUGUCGUCAACGAACCCACCGCAGCUGCGCUCGCCUAUGGUCUCGAGAAGGAAGAGGACAAAAUCAUCGCCGUGUACGAUCUUGGUGGUGGUACUUUCGAUAUCUCCAUCCUUGAAAUUCAAAAGGGUGUGUUCGAAGUCAAGUCUACCAACGGUGACACUCACUUGGGUGGUGAAGACUUUGAUAUCUCCCUGGUGCGCCAUAUUGUGCAAGACUUCAAGAAGACUUCUGGCAUCGAUCUAUCCAACGACCGCAUGGCCAUUCAACGUAUCCGUGAGGCUGCUGAGAAGGCCAAGAUCGAACUGUCAUCUUCACUACAAACCGAUAUCAACCUACCCUUUAUCACUGCCGAUGCCUCUGGACCAAAGCACAUCAACCUCAAGAUGACGCGGGCGCAGCUCGAGAAAUUGGUCGAUCCUCUGAUCUCCAAGACCAUCGACCCUGUCCGCAAGGCUCUAAAGGAUGCCAACCUCCAGGCUAAGGAUAUCCAGGAAGUUAUCCUUGUCGGUGGUAUGACACGUAUGCCCAAGGUUGCCGAAUCAGUCAAGAGCAUCUUCGGUCGCGAUCCCGCCAAGUCUGUCAACCCUGACGAAGCUGUCGCCAUUGGUGCUGCUAUUCAAGGUGCCGUUCUUGCCGGUGAGGUCAUGGAUGUUCUGCUGCUCGAUGUCACUCCUCUCUCUCUCGGUAUCGAAACCCUCGGUGGUGUUUUCACCCGAUUGAUCAACCGAAACACCACCAUCCCAACCAAAAAGUCCCAGAUCUUCUCUACUGCUGCCGAUUUCCAGACUGCUGUCGAGAUCAAGGUCUACCAGGGUGAACGUGAGCUCGUCCGUGACAACAAACUGCUCGGUAACUUCCAAUUGGUUGGCAUUCCGCCUGCCCACCGCGGUGUUCCCCAGAUUGAGGUUACAUUCGACAUUGAUGCCGACUCGAUUGUCCACGUUCACGCCAAGGACAAGUCUACAAACAAGGAUCAAUCCAUCACGAUUGCGUCCGGCUCUGGUCUGUCUGAUUCUGAAAUUCAGAACAUGGUUGACGAUGCCGAGAAAUACGGUGCUCAAGACAAGGAGCGCAAGGCUGCUAUUGAAGCUGCCAACCGUGCCGACAGCGUACUAAACGACACCGAGAAGGCUCUCAAGGAAUUCGAAGACAAGCUCGACAAGGCCGAAGCUGACAACAUCCGCGAGAAGAUUGCCUCUCUUCGUGAAUAUGUUGCCAAGAACCAGACCGGCGAGGGCACUGCCACUGCGGAAGAAAUGAAGGCCAAGAUCGACGAACUCCAAGCAUCCGCACUUACUUUGUUUGACAAGAUGCACAAGGCUCGUGAAGAGCAACAGCAACAACCACCUUCAGGCGGCGACGCCGGUGCUCAACAGGGUGGUGAGCAGAAGCCGUGAGAAACGGCGACACCGUAACAAAAAGCGACUUGUAUUUUAAUGAUAUCCCUGUACUCGACCUUUUCUCUUGCUCGGAUUGUGGCCGGCCGCUCAGCUUCUCUUGUGUGAUCAUGUAUGCAGACCUUCUCCGAGUUGUCUUAUCGAAUGGGUAGACGAAAUCUUGUUUAUUGGCUGGCGAUGGAGCGACGGAAUGGGAAGGAUCUGCUGGGCCAUGAAUACCUACUGCGUAUCUGCAUGCAUGGGGGAAAUGGCGAGUGGUGGCUGCAAUCAUGAAACAUCUACACACUUUCUGCAACACCCAUCGAAACGAGAUGUGUGUUGGAAGGAAAGGAAGAUUAUGUAAUUAGUUGAGUCUGGACGUACCCGGCCUGGUGGGGGCCGAGAUUGAGAUGGGUGUGUCGCGUGUCUGAAUAGUAGAAAGAAAAUAAUCUCCUCUCCGACACUAUACCACAGUUUGUUGGCCUAUUUUAGAAUGCUUACAUAGUACCUUGGUCGUACGUCGGAUAACGCGGCAAGGCAGGGAUGGCGCGUACCUAGUACGUACAGUCAAAGGGGUUGUGAUCAGUAUCUCGGACUGGAUUCCGUAUGCUGGUGGAGAUUUAUCAAGGUGAUAUUACAUGUACUAAUACAAGUAUAGCAUAAGCAAAAUUGAUCACGGCCUGCAUCCGGAUGUGACGGCUGCAUACAUGUCCCCGUUUGGUUUCAGACUGGUACUCGCAAACUUGGGAUUGCUUCUCAAGAGCCCAGGGGCUGCGAAUUGACAGAGAGACAGAGGUGGUGGGGCCAAGCUGACGAUAGAGCAGGCAGCCACAGCCUGACGAUGACGAAUUUGUGGUGAGGAAAAGCAGUGCAGAUAAUCAAAUCUGACGGGAGAGGAAGGUGUCGAAGAAGAUGAUAGGACACGGAUAGAGACCGAGAAGCAAGAGGCAAAAAGAGAAAAGCGGAGAUCCAAGGGAUUCCAAACAGGAGACUCAGGCUGAGGAUCUCAGGAAUUUCUCGUAACAUGAAGGAGGAAUUGCAAUUGUAUGGCCGAUAUGGGGAACCAAUCAGACGAUCAUGACCUUUGUAUUUGAUGAGUCUGUGUGACUUGCCGCACGAUGAUGCAGAUGGCUUGAAGGGGGAAAGGGGAUGGUCCUGUGUGGCCAUGUGGAUGUGGCCUCUUCGAGAUAUGGUUUGAUGUCUACCUAUGGAGUACCAUGUAAGUGUCACCAAGAAGGAAAACCGCCAAUAUGCCUCAGCAUACGUAGUACUCCGUACAGCACGGUGAUAGGUCAGAAUUAGGAAUAGUAAGGCACUAUGAGAUUUGUUG